CUAAAUCUCUGUGGUGCAAAAAAGAGAGCUUCAAGCUCGAACGCCUCCAGUUUCAAGUUUCAACCGAACAUCAUCAUCAGGGGAAGAGCAAAGACGCGAGACUGAAACCAACAGAGAUAGGAUUAGUUUCGUUCGAGCUUCUGAAACCUUUAACCAAAAAGAAGGAACCUUGGUCGGAAUUGAAAAGAAGAGAGAGAUUUAGAUCGAAACAGUUGACUCCGAGAAGUAGUUGAGAGAGAUGAAGAGAAAUAUAGCUAUAGGUUUCGAAGGUUCAGCCAACAAGAUCGGUGUCGGAAUUGUGACGUCAGACGGCACAAUCCUAGCCAACCCUCGCCACACAUACAUAACCCCACCUGGUCACGGUUUCCUCCCUAGAGAGACCGCGCAUCACCAUCUCGACCACGUUCUUCCUCUAGUCAAAUCAGCUCUCGAAACAUCCAAACUCACCCCCGAAGAAAUCGACUGCAUCUGCUACACCAAAGGUCCCGGGAUGGGAGCGCCGUUGCAAGUCUCGGCCGUUGUCGUUAGAGUGUUGUCGCAGCUUUGGAAGAAGCCUAUCGUCGGUGUGAAUCACUGCGUUGCUCAUAUCGAGAUGGGGAGGGUUGUUACCGGUGCUGAUGAUCCUGUUGUGUUGUAUGUGAGUGGUGGGAACACUCAGGUGAUUGCUUAUAGUGAAGGGAGGUAUAGGAUUUUCGGUGAGACUAUUGAUAUUGCUGUUGGUAAUUGCUUGGACCGGUUCGCUAGAGUUUUGAAUUUGUCUAAUGAUCCGAGUCCUGGGUAUAACAUCGAGCAGCUUGCGAAGAAAGGAAACAACUUUAUUGAUCUACCGUAUGCUGUUAAAGGAAUGGAUGUAUCAUUCAGUGGGAUAUUGAGUUAUAUCGAAACUACUGCUGAGGAGAAGCUCAAGAAGAAUGAGUGCACACCAGCUGACUUGUGCUAUUCUCUUCAAGAGACGUUGUUUGCGAUGUUGGUUGAGAUAACGGAACGAGCGAUGGCUCAUUGCGACAAGAAAGACGUUUUGAUAGUUGGUGGAGUCGGGUGUAACGAGCGUUUGCAGGACAUGAUGAGGACUAUGUGUUCUGAACGUGACGGUAGGCUCUUUGCGACGGAUGACCGUUACUGUAUUGAUAACGGAGCGAUGAUUGCGUACACGGGUCUACUUGAGUUUGUUAACGGUAUUGAAACGCCGUUAGAAGACUCUACCUUUACGCAGCGGUUUCGCACGGACGAGGUUCAUGCGGUGUGGCGAGAGAAGGAAGAGUUGGUACGUGGAGAUAAGAACGUUGCUGCUGCUAAGUGAUUGUGUGUACUCAUUUUUUAUUGAUUGUGAGAAAUGAAUAUGUCUACUCGAUAACUUUUGUUUUUGAUGAGUUAAGGUUUAGUGAAAUGUUACGAAUCUUAUCAUUUCUUUUGAUUUAAAUGACUUCCUAGAUUGUUGUAACACUUUCAAAAUUCAAAGUUAGUUGGCAAGUUU